GCAGCUAAUUAAGUCCAAACCGCUACUUGUACCAUGGCAGGAGGCGGCGGCUUUAUCCGGUGUUCAGCAGCUGCAAGAGGGCUUUCACUUGGAUCCAUGGCUAGGCUCAGGGUCGAGCUGCUGGUAGUCCUGACUGGGACUCUGCUGCUGGGUUCAGUCCGAGGCUGGGAACGGAUCAACGACACUCAGCUUCUCAGGUUGUACGAGACGGGGCAGUGGGGUUCAGCCGUGAGUUCAUCCGAGGAUGACUCUCUUAGCGUUACACCACCAGAUGACAGCAAUGACGAUGAUGACGAUGGCGACGAUGACGGCGACAGUGAAGAUGCAGUUCCUGAAGUUGAAGGUGCUGCCACCAGUGACAAGUUCGACCCUUUUUCUGACCAUGGAUUCCAGGUAGAGGAGGAAGGUGGAGAUUCUGGACCAACAGACUGGGCCAGUAGUACAGACGGUGGAUUCCAGAUGGAAUUUGUAGAUGCCCCUCCGAGGAGCUGGACCAGCAGUACCACCCUGGGUUCUACUGGGCUAGAUGUCAUUUGUAGUGAAACUGGCCUCAAAAUUACUCUGCCAGCAGGUCAAUUAAGUGAAGUUAAAGUUUUGGGCUCAAAGGACCUGGUGCCUGUCAUUGAUGCUCCAGAGUCUUGUGGCUACAGCGUGAACUAUCCUGACAAUACUUUGACUGUACCCUUCACUGGAUGCAAUGUGAAACAAUAUGGUGACACCUACCAACUGCAGUUGUUGUACACUGAUGAGGUUGGUCAGCUGCAAGUUGCUACUGCAUCUUGUGUGGAAAGUCCAGAGUUUGAUACUGGACUAUUCCCUCGCACCAGUGACCGACCUCAGAACAAAAAGUGCGAUAACCCAACCACUGAACCAUCAAAGGCUCAAAACUGUGUGGUCUCAAAGGGGGAGCAGGUAACUUGUGGCCAGUCAGGAAUAUCUUCCUCAGACUGUGAAAACAUGGGCUGCUGUGUGGACUCUUCUACAUCUGCCUGCUACUAUCCACUGGAUGAGUGCACUGGGGAUCAACACUUUAUUUUCGCCAUUCGCUCCGACUCGGCAUCCAUCCCUGUGGACCCCACCAAGCUUGUUAUUCCUGGGAAUACGAAUUGUAAACCGGUCAUUGUAAAUGACAAGGUUGCCAUCUUUAAGUUCAAAGUUACAGAAUGUGGAACUCGUGCUUAUGUAGUUGGUGAGACAAAGAUCUACCUGGCUGAAGUGCAGACUAUUGUCCAAGCUCUGAACCUCAAGUAUGGUGUAAUUACAAGAAGUGAUCCACUCAGGUUCAUGGUUGAGUGCCGCUAUGGCAAAGAUGGCCUCGCUCAGAAGUCACUGGCCAGUGUUGGCUACAUGGUCAAGACCCCAAGUUCCCCCUUGCCGUCAGCAGUCAUCUCUGGUGGAUUGUAUGGUGUUCAGCUGAGAAUUGCUCAAGAUAAGACCUAUUCAAGUUACUUGCCCACAUACCAUCAACCCUUGCGACUGCUCCUUGGCAAGCCGGUCUAUCUUGAACUGCGCCUGAAGUCUCCCAAACCAGAUGCAGUAAUUCUCGUCAACUACUGUCUAGCUUACCCUCGCUCUGCAAAGAAUGCACUGGUGCUUAUUUAUGAAGGGUGUGCCAACCCCCAUGACCCAAAUGUGGCCAUCCUUAAAGUCAGUGACCUUCCAAAAAAUCGCCACCAGAGGCGCUUUGUGGUCAAUGCCUUCCAGUUUAUGGAUCAGAGGACAAACAAGUACCUUGAUGAAGAAAUCUACUUCAUGUGCUCUGCAGAAGUUUGUCGACCAACAGAAAAGACAUGUGAAGAGCGGUGCUUUGAUGGAAAGGCACCAUAAGGAAUUGCAGUAGACUGAAGAUGAACUGAAAAAUUAAACAUUUUAUAAUACAGUAA